UUCGCUGGCCAUGCAAGGUUUUACUGCAGUAACAGCAGCUGUCAGAGUAGUUUGAUCGAAAUAGGACCACUGAAUGGACUGCCUCACUGUUUUUCUCUAGGGAUGGCGUGAGAAGCGUUGAAUUGCGGUGCAAAGAGGAAACGGCGAAAUAUUUCAUCGUCUCGUACAAAGAUGAUUAAGGCGAUCCUUGUAUUCAACAAUCAUGGCAAGCCUCGCCUGUCAAAAUUCUACACACGCUAUUCGGAAGAUGAACAACAGCAGAUCAUUAGGGAAACUUUUCAGUUGGUCUCGAAAAGAGAGGAUAACGUAUGUAACUUCCUCGAAGGCGGAUCAUUGAUUGGGGGCAGCGACUACAAGUUAAUUUAUCGUCAUUAUGCCACAUUGUUUUUUGUCUUCUGCGUAGAUUCGUCAGAGAGUGAGCUGGGCAUUCUCGACCUCAUUCAGGUAUUUGUGGAGACACUCGACAAAUGCUUUGAAAAUGUUUGCGAGCUGGACCUUAUCUUCCAUGUGGAUAAAGUUCAUUAUAUUUUGAAUGAGCUGGUAAUGGGUGGAAUGGUCCUAGAAACAAACAUGGCAGAAAUUAUCGCUAGAAUAGAGGAACAAAGUCGAAUCGAACGGCAGGAAAGUGGGCUAAGUGUUGCUGCCGUGAAGAAUAUAAACAUUGGCCAACAGAUUAAGGAUAUCAAACUGCCCGACCUGCCUUCGAUCGACAAAACCAAGUUCGUGAUUCUCCGUACAAUGAAGGGAAGAGACAGUAAACAUGCGUUUCUUAAAUAAAAAAAAUGCAACGAUUUUCAAGCGGAGUCCAGCCCUCAAGUUGGCAAAGAGGCAUAUCACUUGCAAAAGGGAAAUCUGUACACAACAGUAGCCAAGGACGAAAUAAUCCUAAUUAGUUACAUACCAACAUUAAAUUUUAGUGAUAUUUAUCCAAAAGGAUCUUAUGGCUUGAGACAACAGCUGUUUUUCAUAUCACUUGUAUGUUAGAUGGGCAAACGAAAAGGAAUUGUUGAAAUACAGAGUGGUGAAAAAAACGAUUUUGACGAUUCCGGUAUUUAUAUCUAUAUUACCAAUGUGUGUUGUACAUGACUAUCUUGUAACGUUUAUUGCAUUUCGAAACUAUUAAAUUCUAUUAAUCUAAAUAA